GGCUCGUUACCACUGUACCGCGCUGACCGAGCUUGUGCGCGCGUGAGAGUGUUGACAGUAUACAUAAAGUAUACGUGAGAGAACAGCAAAUAAAAAAUCGUGCAUCGGUUUAAUUGCAGGUGUGCGUGUGUAGUUAUCGGUAUCAAUAGUUCUUAUUGUUCUUCGAUUCGCAUCGAAUUUGUAGUUCGCUCAGAAAGAAGCUGGAAAAAGUCGCGACAGAAUGUCAAGUUGUGAGGUGAUAUAAACAAUCGCUGAUGAAAAAUAACCAAUUAACUAUCUAAGAAAGAAACUGGCUGCUUAUCGCCGCCGCUGCUGCUGCUUAUACCCCGUAAGAUCCGAGUGGCCACUGCAACAUGACGAUAUCGUACGCGAGUGAAGUGCCGAACGGCUCGGCUUUUGGCUGCUUCUGGAGGAUACUUAUAAAGUGGCGAGGUUCUGUCUAUAAACUGAUUUGGCGAGAGCUGUUGGUCUACCUGUUUGCUUACUAUUUUAUUAAUUUUAUUUAUCGGUAUGCUCUUAACGAAGAACAGCAAAGAAUAUUUGAGAAGAUACGAUACUACUUUGGUAACUCGAGCGAGUCGAUACCUAUGUCGUUCGUGCUGGGCUUCUACGUCAGUCUGGUGGUCAAGAGGUGGUGGGAGCAGUACAAAUUGUUACCUUGGCCGGACAACCUCGCAUUGUUUAUCAGCGCCGCUAUACCUGGAAACGACGAACGAGGUCGACUGAUGCGCCGAAAUAUCGUUCGGUAUGCAGUGCUUGCGUACGUCAUAACGCUCCAAAGAAUUUCGCUGCGUGUUAAGCGGCGAUUUCCCAGUCUUCAGCACAUCGUCGACGUUGGUUUGAUGAUGGAGUCGGAAAAGAAGAUAUUUGAAAUGAUGAACAAGAAAGCUGGGAUGUCGAAAUACUGGAUGCCACUCGUCUGGGCAACGAACAUUAUCAACAGGGCGCGUAAGGAGCAGUUGAUCACAAGCGACCAUGUAGUACAAACUCUCCUGGUUGAGCUCAGUGACAUCCGCAAAAAACUCGGUGGUCUGAUUGGUUACGAUACCGUUUGUGUGCCACUCGUCUACACGCAGGUUGUAACGCUAUCUCUAUACGCGUACUUUUUCUCGGCUCUACUGGGCAGACAAUUCAUAUCCCACUCAGAUUCGUCAGUCAGCGGAAAAUACGAAGUCCCAGACAUGUAUUUUCCAUUCUUUACGGCUUUACAGUUUUGCUUCUACGUUGGCUGGUUAAAAGUCGCCGAAGUUUUGAUCAAUCCUUUCGGCGAGGACGACGACGACAUCGAGCUCAAUUGGCUGAUCGAUCGACACAUUAAGGCUGGCUACAUGAUAGUGGACGAGAUGCACGAGGAACAUCCGGAACUAUUGAAAGAUCAGUACUGGGACGAGGUCGUGCCAAAAGACCUGCCGUACACCGUGGCCAGCGAGCAGUACCGCAAGGAGGAGCCCAAGGGCUCGGCUGAGCAUUACAAGGUGAAAAGCAGCGACGCCCUCUACGCCAACGUGUUCAUGGGUACGCACGUACACGGAGGCCCGGCCAAUCGCAGCAAUAAGCAGUCUCAUAUGCAGGACGAUGUUUACGCCGAUUAUGUGAGUAUUGAAAGCGUCGAUACGCCCUUGGUGGAGCGGAAAUCGAAGAACUGGCUGCAGCGCACGAUCACGCGAAUGGGAUCGGUUCGCAGUAGCUCGACAACGUACAGCAGCGGCGGCCCGGCGGGUGGCAACUUUUUCACGCGCAAUCGACACAACAGCGUUUACAGCAGUCCGGAAAAUCCCCUACAGAACGCCGAGGCCGGUAUCCCGGGGCCGCCGAGUGCCAAGCAGUCGUUUUACGAACGGCUCAGGCGCAAAAGUAUGCAGGGCCGUGGAAUGAGACGACAAGGUACUCUGACAAAGUUGAACUCGAUACCGACGUCGCUGAAAAAUCGGCCCAGGAUACCCACCCCGGACGUGACGAAGGAGGUAAUCGACCGCGAGCAGAGACUGGCUGUAUCGGCCAGCAACGUGGCCAGCAUCGGUGCCGGCAUCGUCGGGAUGCCCGCCGCGCACGCCACCUCCUACCACAACCCCGCGAGCAGCGUCAGUAGCGACGUGUCGGUGCUCCAAGGCCAAGCCGUUCUACUCGUCAACAGUCCGGCCAACAUCGUACAGCUAUCACCGAUUCAAGAAAAAACCGAGCUGGGAACACCCGUGGGCGCGCGUCAAUCGGCGGCGCAGCAUCUGGCUCACUCGGUGCUGCCGCAGAGUCUCAAGUCCGGCGCGAGCGUGACCGCGCAAGUGGCUGCGAUACCCGUGACCCUGAGCGCGUUGAGCCAGUUGGUCUCGAGCCCCGACAGCUUGUCCUUCGCCAAUCGUCAUCGGCAGGCCUGCAUCAACACGAUUGCCCCGUCGCAGUUCGGAAGUCCGGGCCAACAGGUGACGGCCACCAUCACCGAAUUGAGCAGUAACGCGAGCAGCGGCACCGACGACGAGUCCCAGCCCAACAACGCCAGCUCCGUAAAACCAGCCGACAAACUGCCCGAGACUGCUGACUACACCAGUUGCUCGCCCAUCAUCGUCGAUCCGCAAAAACUCAAUACUGUGGCCCAAUCCGAUUGGCACGUGCAAAAUUACAAGCUGAUACCGAUGUCACCGACAAAAAAGUCCAAAACAGUCGAGUCCAACUCGCAUAGCAAAGCUCGACGAUCAACUUCUUUGCCGGGCGCAACAUCUACCUCAAUGGUUGAUCAAAUUCGCGAAGAUCGCAGCAUGUCAUUGCCUCACACGAUUGUCUCACCACCAUCCGAAAAAGUCUCAACCACAGCCGAUGUAGAGUUGACGCAACCACCGCCAUUUGCGUCGACGCUGCUAAAACCAACCGACACUGAUGACGAGCCUCGACAGCGAAGCGGUAGUUUCAAUCAGCCUACAACAACGCCGAAAAUCGUCGAGGAAAAUGCUAGAAAGAUCAGUUUAAAUGAUCGUCUCAAUUUCUUAGACAAGUCUACCAAUGGACCGACCGAUCAGCGCAGCGAAGUCUACGUCUGACCAUUGUUUGAUUUCGUUCAAUCGAUGUUGUGGUUCGAUCCUAGGCUUAACUAUCGAACAUUAUAAUGAUACAUACGCACAAUUAUCGAUAUUUAUUCGACAAGUGCCUCACUUAUUAGCUAAUAAGUUAAAAAUGAGACGAUUUUCUCUACCGAGGAUUUCUAUUUUUGUAAAUAUAAAUUAUGUUUGUAUACUUUUUUGAUGACCACAAAAAUGAGAAUAGCGUUUAACUGUAAAUGUUUUGAUAAAUUGAUUGUGGUUUAUUAAAAAUGAUAGUGCAAUAUCAUUGUUGUAAAUGUUAUUGAAUGUGUACAGAUGUAGAUACAAAUCAAAGUGUGAAUCUCAAAUAUAUAAAAUCAAAUCUUUUGAAGCAUCAACUGAAAAUUUUAUCGGUUUUGUACGAGUAAUAUACAAAUAUUCUGGUAGUGCAUGAAUAGGUAUAUCAAUUUUAAAACUUUACUCUGGAUAUACACAAUGAAGUUUUACUAUUAACGAAUUUCUUAAAUAUUUUAAUUUAAGUUAUAAUAUAAAAUUGUGAUGUUUGUCCAUCCAUAAUUCAGUUAUUUUUUAUUGAUGAAUUGUGGCAUGACCAGUUAUAACAUUCUAUGCAUUUUGUUGAAAAACUAUUAAUCUAUGUAUUGACUAAGUGUUCAACUUGGUUGAUUGUAAAUAUAUUUUUUCUUUUUAAUUAGAAAUGAAAAUUGAUUUAUAUAAACAAUAAUAUUAUUAUUCUUAAAGUAUUGCCAUAAUUUAAACUAAUAUAGUAUUAAGUAGAAGCUGAAUUUUUUACAUAUUCAAAUUAUCAUUAAGUUAAUUAGUAUUCACAUAAGGUUUUACUGGCCAUUUUAGUUCUAAAUUCCCAAAAUGUAUAAUUAUAUAUUUUUUGUAUUACUUCUAUCAUGUAGUUAAUGACUUCUUUCAAUUGCGAUUAAAUACAAGAAAAUAUAUAAAAUAAGUUACUUUGUCAGUUUAUUAGUUCAAAAAAUAUUGGGCUCAAUUAAAGCUACCAUAUUGAUGAGUGAUGAUAAUUUAAUUGCUUUGAAUAUGUGCUGAAAAUAAAAUUUUUAUGUCCAAUAAGAAAAAAAAUGAACUUUUGUAGAUAUUAGUUAUGAAAAUUGUUUGCUAACCGUUACCUGUUAAAUGAUACUUGUAGGAACAAAUUAUUUUAUUUCCAAGUGCAUCAAAACAU